UAUACGGUAUACGGGUUAUCGAUAGUAAAUUGCUCCAAUGAACGUAUCGUCCUCUUCACUCUUUGACAGUAUGGGUUCUGUGAGAAAAGACGAGUUUAUGCGAGUUUACGAAAAGAUAAUCGAAGAAGAACUGAAAGAAAUUGAAACUUCUUAUAAGAUUCCGUCGUUUGCUAUUGAACAAGUUAAAUUUUGCACUAGUUACAACGUCCCUCACGGAAAGUUACAGAGGGGCACUGCAGUGGUUGAAUCCUACUGUGCCUUUGCCAAUUUGUCCAUAGAAGAAGUACCUGAAGUGGAUCUACACCAGGCAUGUAUUUUAGGUUGGUGUGUGGAAUGGUUGCAAGCGUUCUUCUUGGUAGUUGACGACAUUAUGGACUCCAGCCAAACUAGACGUGGUCAAAAGUGCUAUUACUUGCUUCCAAAAGUUGGAAUGAACGCUAUCAAUGACGCUAUGAUUUUGCAGUCCUUUAUAUACAGGUUGCUGUAUAGAUACUUCCGCGACUUGGACUUCUAUGUCAAGUUGGUUGAUAUUUUCCAGCAGGUGACUUUUGUUACCGAAUUGGGUCAGUUAUUGGAUACUGGAUCACAGAACACGACAGAAGACAGCUUUUCAGUGUUCACAAAGGAAAAUCUCGAGAGAAUUUAUGACUACAAAACUGGAAAUUAUACUUUUUAUCUACCUUUUGCCUUGGGUCUUAUUUUGUCGAGGAAAGAUGAAGAUGACAUUCUGAAGAGGGUUUAUUCAUUGUGCAUGGAACUAGGUAAAUAUUUUCAGGCCCAGGAUGACUUUUUGGAUUGUUUUGGUGAUCCAGAGAUAACUGGCAAAAUUGGAACAGAUAUCGAAGACAACAAGUGCUCUUGGCUCAUCGUAAAUGCCUUGUCGCUUUGUUCGACAGAUCAAAUACAGACUCUUAAACAAUGUUAUGGAAAACAUGACAAUUCCUGUGUAGAGCAGGUAAAGAAUAUUUAUCGUACAGUUGGGCUCGUAGAACGCUUCGAAGAAUUUGAGUCGAAGUACUAGAUACUCUCUACCGACGUAAAAAAUGAG